CACUUCUAGAAUAUUCUCUCACAGGGUAUAUAGAAAGCAGGAGAGAAUAAGAUUCACACUAUCCGCAGGACACAACCCAGAGAAGAACUCCAGCAAAUCUGUGCCAGAAUGAAAAUCGCAGACAGCAAAACAUCUCAAGGCUGCUAUAGCUGCUUUUGGAGACGGACAGGAUGUGGAUGACUAAUGUCGUAGCUCUUUGUCUGCUGGCCCUCGUGGCCUCUGCAGAGGACAAGAAGCUGAGCGGUUAUGCUACCACUCUGGCUGACAACAGCGCCAACCUGGCGUUUAGCCUCUACCAUAACAUGGCAAAGGAGAAGGAUACUGAGAACAUCCUUAUCUCUCCAGUUGUGGUGGCCUCCUCGCUGGGCUUGGUAGCUCUUGGUGGAAAGGCCUCCACUGCUUCUCAGGUCAAAACUGUCCUCAGUGCUGACAGACUUAAGGACGAGCAUCUGCACACAGGAUUGUCUGAGCUCCUCUCUGAGGUGACCGAUGCAAAGACUCGCAACACUACCUGGAAGAUCAACAACCGGCUCUAUGGCCCCAGUUCUGUUUCCUUUGCCGACGAUUUUGUGAAAAACAGCAAGAAGCACUACAACUACGACCAUUCAAAAAUUAACCUGCGGGACAAAAGGAGUGCUGUAAACUCCAUCAAUGAAUGGGCAGCAAAGUCAACAGGUGGUAAGCUUCCUGAAAUCACCAAGGAUGUGGAGAACCCAGAUGGAGCCACCAUUGUCAACGCCAUGUUUUUUAAGCCUCACUGGGAUGAAAAGUUCCAUGAAAAAAUGGUGGACAACCGUGGGUUCCUGGUGACACGCUCAUUCACCGUUGGAAUUCCCAUGAUGCAUCGUACAGGUCUGUAUGACUUCUACGAUGACACAGAGAACCGCAUCUAUGUGCUGAACAUGCCUCUUGGUCAGAAGCAGGCCUCCAUGUUCUUCAUCAUGCCCUACCACCUGGAGCCCCUGGACCGCCUGGAGAAACUCCUGACUAGAAAACAGGUGGACACUUGGCUCAGCAAGAUGGAGAACAGAGCUGUGGCCAUCUCUCUCCCCAAAGUGUCUUUGGAAGUUAGCCACAAUCUGCAGAAACACCUGGCUGAGCUCGGUCUCACUGAAGCUGUGGACAAAGCCAAGGCCGACCUGUCUAACAUCUCUGGAAAGAAGGACCUGUACCUCUCCAAUGUCUUCCACGCGUCAGCCAUGGAGCUGGACGUUGCAGGAAAUCCUUUUGACACCAGCAUCUUCAGCAGCGAGAAGCUGAGGAAUCCCAAACUUUUCUAUGUAGAUCACCCCUUCAUUUUUCUGGUAAAGGACAACAAGACCAACUCUGUCCUGUAUAUUGGCAGAGUGGUUAGACCUAAAGGAGAUAAGAUGCGUGAUGAGCUAUAAUGUCGUUAAUAAACCAUGUCAGGUAGCUUUUGUGAAACUAUGUCAGGACCUUUUGUGUGUGUUACUGUUACCUCAUGAUCACAUUCCAAUAAACAAUCUGUAGAAUGAAUACCUGAGCUUACUACUCUCAGACACAUCAGUCCUUCCCAGGGAACAGUUAAGUGUCAGUGUCAAGCCACUUGGAUUGAACAAUGUUUUUAAUUACACCUUAAAACACCAAUGUGCCUUAAUUGAGAUUCCAAUACAAAAAAAACAGCUGACAUAGCAGACACCAUGCUUAUAUUAAGUAUGAUCUCCUCUUCUUCACAUCCUACUUUUGCCAGUCCUGGUUUGGUCACAACCCACAAGUGUUUUUUUCUUGCAUUAUCUUUAAUGUUUAAAGAAAAAUAAGAUCUAUGCACCGGCUUGUUUUGCUCGCUCUGUCUCACCUUUUCCCUUGUUUUGUCUCCAGUCUGCCGUGCACUGAAUUGCCCCCCUGCAAGAGCAGCACUUGCAGUGGAAGGGUGGCAAAUGCCUGAUGCUUAAUUUAUGUUCCCCUGUACUGUGCCAUUGUGUUGCUGCAGGUAUUUUCCAUAAACAUGUUGUUGGAGCUGUGUCAUUAUGUAAUAAUGUCUUCAUUUUUCAAUAUAAAUAAAGGGUUUCCUACA